GGGGCGAGGCGAACCCAGCCGGCCGCGCCCCGGGGAGAGGGAAAAAAAAAAGCCCAAAAUCUCGUGGUUCUCGCUGCGAUUCGCUCACCCAUUUCCGUUCCCCUCCAAAGGGCCAGCCAAGCCAAGCGACGCGAUGCCCGACGCGAUACCGGCCUGCUUCCGCGGCGCGGCGGCCGCGGCGCCGUCGGGGUCCGGGUCCGCCUCCUCGGGGGCGGGGACCAGCCUCGCCACGUCCGUCUACGAGACGCGCCUCGGCCUGGCCGCGCUGUCCUGGUCGCGCGCCGCGCUCGGGCUCAGCCUCCGCGCCGUGCUCCGCGUCUCCGCCGGCGCCUCGCCGUCCUCCGGCUACGGGUGCGACGACGGGGUGGAGUACGGGGACGACGACGACGGGGAGGAGGCGACCGUGGCCGUGCGCGUGCGCCCGUGGCUGCUGUGGCGGCGGCGCGGGUCCAAGCGCUUCCGCGUGCGGGACCGCCGGGUGGACCUGGCCUGGGACCUGUCGCGCGCGCGGUUCCCGCCCUCGGGCUCCCCCGAGCCCUCGUCGGGCUACUUCGUCGCCGUCGUCGUGGACGGCGAGAUGGCGGUCGUGGCGGGGGACAUGGCGGAGGAGGCGUACAGGAAGACCAGGGCGCGCCGCCCGCCGGGGCCGGGGGCCGUCCUCGUCUCGAGGCGCGAGCACGUGUCCAUGCGCGACGCGGGCGCCGGCCGCGGCCACCGGACCUGCGUCCUCGUGCGCGGCAAGGAGCGGGAGAUCUCGGUGGAUCUCGUCUCGCGCGUCCAGGGCCAGGGGCAGCCCAGGGAGCAGCGGGACAGGGCCGAGGUCGGCAUGUCGGUCUCCGUGGACGGCGAGCGCGUGCUCCACGUCCGUCGCCUGCGCUGGAAGUUCCGCGGAUCCGAGAAGGUGGACCUCGGCGGCGGCGACCGCGUCCUCGUCUCCUGGGACCUCCACAACUGGCUCUUCCCCGCGCGCGACGCCUCGCCCCCCGACGCCGCCGCAGCAGCAGCAGCGCUCGCCGCGGCCGCUGCCCCGCCCGCGCACGCCGUCUUCGUCUUCCGCUUCGAGCUCGCGGACGGCGGCAGCGGCGAGGAGCGCGACUCGGCCGACGCCAGCGAGAAGGAGCUGCCAGACAAGGCCGGGAGAGGCGGCUGGGCGGGCUACGUUGGCAGGUGGGGGAGAGGGGACUGGAGCGAGAGCAGCAGCAAUGGCGAGAAGCGGAGGAAGAGGGGGCAGGCCCGCAGGCUGGCAAAGGCGAGCUCCUCUUCGUCGGCGUCAGUGGCGUCCUCCUCCGCGUCGUGGGCGAGUGGCUCCACGGUCAUGGACUGGGGCAGCCCCGAGGACGCCGAGCUGCAGCGCGGCGACGGCUUCUCCCUCCUCGUCUACGCCUGGAAGAACUAGUGUGGUGGGCUAGCGGCGGCGGCGGAAGCGGCUCGCCGGCAUUGUUUCGAUUGAUGAUUGGUCCUCGAUUCAGUGAGGAUUUCUUCUUCCCAUUGUUGUAAGUUGCAAUUGUUCACCGGGCAUUGUUCUUGUGCAGUUUUGAGUGCUUGCUCCACUGACCAAACCAUUUUUUACAAAUCUCCAUAGAAAUGAACAUCUAGAGAAAGUGAGAAACAA